GCCGACGCCGGACAAGGAACGGUUUAAGAAACAGCCAUUGAUGGCCAUUGAUGGCAGUGAAACAGACUGUACCGUGUCUCCUGUCAGUAGUAUGGAGUUGUAUAUCGCCGUAGGUGACUAAUCUGUGCCAAUGAGUAAUGGACGAAAUGGAGUUAACAUGGCGGUAUGGUGAUUAAAAGUAUUGAAUCGUUUUAAAAUUUAUGUGUCAAAAUUACCUGUAAAACAAUGGUGUACCAUUGGCAGUCACAUAAUGUCAAACUCUCAGGGGUGGAUGACAUGGUUCUUCUGCCGAAAAUAUCUGAAGAUGCAAUUGUGGAGAACCUCAAGAAGCGGUACAUGGAUGACUACAUAUUUACAUGCAUAGGCCCAGUCCUUGUUUCUGUAAAUCCUUUCAAACAGAUGCCUUAUUUUGGGGAGAAAGAAGUGGAAAUCUAUCAAGGAGCUGCACCAUACGAGAAUCCACCACAUAUAUAUGCUCUGGCAGAUGAUAUGUAUAGGAACUUGUUAAUAGAUAAUGAAAGUCAGUGUGUAAUAAUCAGUGGUGAGUCUGGAGCUGGCAAGACAGUUGCAGCCAAAUACAUUAUGUCAUACAUUGCAAGAAUAUCAGGAGGAGGUGCGAGAGUUCAGCAUAUAAAGGAUGUUAUCCUCGAGUCAAAUCCAUUAUUGGAAGCAUUUGGGAAUGCCAAGACUGUACGCAAUAAUAACUCCAGCAGAUUUGGCAAAUAUGUAGAAAUUCUAUUUGGAAAUGGAGGACAACCAGAAGGGGGUCGCAUUUCAAACUUUUUACUAGAAAAAUCGAGAGUGACUAUGCAGAAUCUUGGAGAAAGAAAUUUCCAUAUAUUCUAUCAGCUUUGUACAGGUGCAUCUGUUAAUAUGAAGAAAGACUUUGGUUUAUGCCAGUUAGACUACUACCAUUAUCUCAGCUAUGGUGGUAGUCACAAAGUAGAGGGAACCAAUGAUGCCCAUGAUUUUCAAGAAACGCUGAAAGCAAUGAAUGUAAUGGGUCUGACAGACCAGGAACAAAGCAACAUCUUACAAGCAGUUGCAGGUAUCCUCCAUCUUGGUAAUGUCAUGUUUUUGGAGAAGGGCAACUAUUCAGAGAUACAAGAUCAGAAUGCACUUGCAUUUCCUUCAUUCUUAUUUGAGGUGGACCAGAAUCAUUUGCAAAGCAAACUGACUAGCCGAAGGUUUGACAGCAAGUGGGGAGCACAGUCAGAUACAAUUGAUGUGACGCUCAAUGUAGAGCAAGCUUUGUAUACUAGAGAUGCAUUGGCUAAAGGCAUCUAUGCACGGUUGUUUGACUACCUUGUGAAACGGGUUAAUGGUGCUAUGGAAACGAAUGCUCAGGGAUAUAACAUUGGUAUACUAGAUAUAUAUGGAUUUGAAAUCUUUGAGAAGAAUGGCUUCGAGCAGUUCUGCAUCAACUUUGUUAAUGAGAAACUACAACAGAUCUUCAUUGAACUCACCCUCAAGGCCGAACAGGAGGAAUAUGUUGCAGAAAACAUCAAAUGGACUCCAAUCAGUUACUUCAAUAACAAAGUGGUAUGUGAUCUUAUUGAGAGUAAGCGACCGCCUGGGCUAUUCUCUGUAAUGGAUGAUGUAUGUGCUACCAUGCAUGCUGUGUCAGAAGGCGUUGAUCAGGACCUGCAGAAGAAACUGGCGACGGCAUCAGGCACACAUCAGCACUACCAAUCCUGUAAGGAAGGUUUUAUUAUCCAUCACUAUGCUGGUAUUGUAACUUACAAUGUUGAAGGAUUCUGUGACCGGAACCGUGAUGUGUUAUUUCCUGAUUUGGUGGAGUUGAUGCAGAGUAGUUCCAAUGCAUUCCUUCGUAGUCUCUUCCCUGACCAAAUAAAUGCAAACUGUAAGUCUCGUCCCACCACAGCUGGCAGCAAGAUUAGAACCCAGGCCAACAGACUAGUAGAUGAACUGAUGAAAUGCACACCUCACUAUAUCAGGUGCAUUAAACCCAAUGAAACAAAACGCCCAAGAGACUGGGAGGAGCUGAGAGUGAAACAUCAAGUUGAAUAUUUAGGGUUGAAAGAAAACAUUCGUGUUCGUAGAGCUGGAUUUGCAUACAGGAGACCAUUCAACAAAUUUCUGCACAGGUAUGCUAUCCUGACCAAAGAAACAUGGCCCAGAUGGCAGGGUGAUCUGAGAAAAGGCGUAGAGUGGAUUAUGAAAAGUGUCAACAUGGAAAAGAGCCAGUUUCAGCUUGGUAAAACUAAGGUCUUCAUCAAGGCACCAGAAUCUCUGUUCAUGUUGGAAGACCAAAGAGAUAGGAGAUACAAUCAGUAUGCAAGAGUAAUCCAGAAGGCGUUUAAAAAGUACUUUGCGCGCCGACAACAUGACCGACAGAAGGAAGAAGCUGCAAAUUUGAUGUUUGGUAAGAAGGAACGGAGAAGAUUUUCAAUUAAUCGUAACUUUGCUGGUGACUACAUUGGUCUUGAUUCAAGACCUCUCCUCCAAAACCUUGUUGGGCGUCGAGAGAAAGUGGCAUUUGCCGAAGUGGUAAAGAAGUAUGACCGACGAUUUAAGGCAGCCCGCAGGGACUUGAUAUUAACAUCUCACUCGGUUCUCUUAGUUGGGAGAGAAGCAGUGAAGAAGGGACCUGAGAAAGGAAAGCCUGUUGAAGUUAUGAAGCGAAAGUUAGAUUUUGAAGAUAUCAGCCAUGUGUCGCUUAGUACCUUACAGGAUGACUUCUUAAUCCUGCACAUGAAAGAAGAUUAUGACAGUUUCCUUGAGAUUGUUUUUAAGACAGAGUUCCUGUUGUUGUUAAACAAGAAGUACCAGGCCCAAUUAGGACGUGAGAUAACAGUUAAAUUCUCAAACAGUUUGGAAUUCAAAGUGAAGAAAGAAGGCUGGGGUGGUGGUGGAACUCGUCAGGUCAAGUUUAUUUCUGCAGGAACGUCAGACAUGGCUCUUCUCAAACCAUCGGGCAAGGUUCUUACGGUUGUAAUUGGUCCAGGCUUGCCCAGUAAUUCCAAGCCAAUUUUGCAACGUGCAGUCGUGGGAAGCAGGCAGUCAAGAAUGCAGGGCAAUAACUUUAUACAACAGCAUAGUGCUCUGAAGCCACAAAUCAAAUUUCAAAAGCCUGGAGCUUCACCCUCAAGACCAGCGCCAGGAUUGCCUCCAGGCUCCACUCCCCGUUCCAGUAUUAGGGCACCACCUCCUCCAAGUGAACCCGCACCACCCAACCAGCCUAUGGUUCGUCCAGGGUUCAGGCUUCCAGCAAUUAGUGCUGGGUCAGGAGAUUUCCCAGGCCAAGUACCAGUUAUGCUGACUCCUUCAACUGUUCGACCACAGCAAUCAGCUAAAGCCGGUAACCAACGGAAUUUCAUGCAGACACCACAGGCAGGAUUGGCAGGAGUCAAACGAGCAAGUUUGAACCAGAGUGCAACUCACAAACCUAUACCAGGCGGAGGUAAGCCACGACCGCCUAUGAAGCCAAAACCUGCCCUUCCGAAGUGCAAGGCUUUGUAUGACUACACUGCUCAAGAUUUGGAUGAAUUAACCUUCAAAGAAGGAGAUGUUAUUGAAGUUUUGAAAGAAGAAGCAGGAGGAUGGUGGCAAGGGCGCAUACAGGGUAAGGAGGGACUUCUGCCUGCCAACUAUGUUCAGAAACUGUGAUACUUUUCUGUAGAAUGGAUACAAUGUACUCUGGUUCAUCACACUGAAUAAUUAAUUGCUGCUGCAGCAUUCCUGAAAUGUUAAAAGUCAACAUGAUCUACUUACUCUUGUUAGUUUUAGUUUGCAUUCUCUUUAGCCUGUACUCCAAAUGAGGUCAGCACAUGGCUAAUGAGUUUCUUCUCUGUAUAAAUGUGUUCAGUGAUGCUUGCAAUGUAGCUGGAUUAUAUUUACAUUGUGAUACAGGUAUAUCCUGAUUUUCUUUACCAUAUUGGUUCUGAGAACGCUAUAAGUCAAAUUCUUUCUGCAGGUUCAGUGUCAAAAAUAGGAAUUAUUUUCUGAAAGGAUAUGUUGAAUGGUUAGCUUGGUUAUUGUGAUUGGUUUGGCUAUUUGAAAGCAAAAUAACAUUAUAUUACUGUAGGAGAGGCUGUUAAAAUACAGGAUUCAACAUGUUCCAAGUGCAACUACUAAUGCAUGCAUGCAUGAUAGCCUCCAUAUGAGAGAUCAAGUUUUCUGACUAAUGUACUCGUAAGACAUUGAGGUUCCGGGUGUAGAAUAAAAUGACCAUAGUGUAAAAAUUAUGCAAAUUUAAGAUGCCUGUAUUGGGAUGUACUUGGAUUUGAAUUAGUGGCCGAAUAUUGCCUCCAUGACAAACAUUUUCAUCCCAGAGAUAUUUAAAUCAUUAAUCACCCUGUACCAUAGGUUUUAAGUAAAGAUUCAAAACAUAAAGACCCCACUAGUCAUAUAUGUAAAAAUAUCAAAUUUGAACGCACAAAAAUAUAUACUUUCCUUAGGCAUCUUGCAAAAAUAGAAUACUUGCAGUUACUUUUCAGAAGAUACAAAUGGUUACAAAUCUUGAGGGAGGUACAACAGAAUAACAGUCCACACACAUAAGUAUAUAGUAACCUAUAUACUGUAAGCACAGCCAGCCUUUUGUCUGGUGAGCUAGGUUCACUUGACAAGCUGACUCCCAGUAAUCUGUUCUCAUAUAAUAUUCACAACAUGCCCUUAGCCAAGUGUCCUUAUCAUUAUCAUGUUCAUAUUCUAACAUGUAAGAUGAACUGUCUGAUAUUUGCACUGAGUCUUCGUAAGCUGAUUAAUGGUCAGAAUCAAAUCAUUAACGUUGCUAAUACUUUUUUGCUAUAAAUUGGCUCUUAAUGUAAACAGAGCCUCUUUUUAUAACUGUUUUGUUACACUGACCAUACUAAGCACAGAGGCAUUAUAAAACCCAUAAUAAAGUGGUAAGAUUUAACAAUAUUUAAUGUUCUUCCCUAUAAUCUACAAGGAGAAUUAAAGAAGUGGUAAAAUACCACCUACUUGUGAAGUUUCUAUGUAGGGGUGGAUUCCCUCAGGCUGUCUUCUCUGCAGACAUGUUGUAGAGAAUCUGAAAGCUUUUGCGGGUCACAAUACUUUAUAUAGAUUUUCUCAGAAAUUAGGAUUACACCGAUAUAUGCAUAACAAAUAUGUUUGCAUUUCUCCUUUUACUUACAGAUUAGUAAAAUUAUUUUGUGGGCUUGCCAAUUUCAUCUAGAAUCCACAUCAGCCAGUGGGACUGUUAUUUUGGCACCAUUGCAUGGUUAUUACAUCACAGUGUCAUUUAUGACCUACAAAAUUAAGUAGUAACUGCUAUGAUUGAAAUGUUAGCAGAUAUAUUAUAGAACAGGCAUAACAUUAGCAUGACACAUUUUCUUAGUACCCCACAAGGAAUUAUACCAUUUUCUUUCUGUAAUAUGUAAUGAUGCUUUUAUAAAGUGCUGGAUGGUAGGAUAAUUCAUGAAUGUGAAGCGGUUGUUGGAAUGAAAAUUGGCAAGGAAAAGAGAACCUACCCCAGUGCCACUUUGUCCUCCAAAAUCCCACAUUACCUGACCUGAGAUGAAACCUGGGAUCACCAUGGUGACAUGCAGACAACUAUCUGAACUGUGGUAUGGCCCUCUAUGCCAAGAAGGACAGUAUCCUCAUAACCAUUUAAGAGGUUAGAAAUUAAUAUUGCAGAUCAUUUUUGGACCAUUAAAUCUCCUCCACAUUAGUUAGUCAGAUCAUGAAUACUGCAAAUUAACUCCAUUUAUUUUGUGAUAUUCUGGAACCUGCAUUUUAAAAAUUUACAUAUUUCAGAGGAUCAUUGUUACAGUAUAUAAAUACACUGUGCUCAAGGAAUGUUGAUAGAUAUAUUGUUUAAGUGAGAAAAUUAAUUGGUUGAAAAUGAAUAUGUUUUAUUAAAGAUAUUUUUACAAAUGUUUCGUGUAAGAGUGUAAAAAUUUGUAUGAAUUAUGGCUGUUAUAGAAAUCAAGACAGAUGUGAGUAUGGAAAAUGGCAAGAAUUCCUUAAGUGUCCUAGUAAUGUGAUGAUAAUGGUGUCAAUGCUUGUAAUUUCUGUCAUACCUUCCAUUUACUUAAUGCACACAUGGUAGCAUUAUUGGUUGAGGCACUAU